AUAUUUUAAAUCCCAGCCGAACACUAGUUCCCUUUUCCUUUGCACAUCUCUUUACUUUGGCCGUUUAAAAAAUUCGUUAAAAAACGAUAUUCGGCGUUUCGCAUUCGAAAUUCAAAACGUAUAAGUUUCAGAAUCAGCAACACUUCUCAUCUUCAUCUUCAGACUUCUUAAACAUGAAGCGUAAGCGUGGAAAGAAGGGAAAAUCCGGAAAGGCCCCUAAGGUGGGAACAACUGAGGCCGAUCCAAACAUCGAUAACGUAAGUGACGGAGACACAUCGGGCUCCAGUGAUACUGAAAAGGACGAAACAACUUCAAGAAUAGAUAUUAAAACCCCGUCAACCGGAACUGAUCAGCCCGAAAAACCUCCACCUGUCAGCUCAACUGGAGUAACUGAUAAUAAACCAGUGGGACGAUUGGUGUAUAAUCGGGUGAAGGUUAAAAUCAAAUCUUCCAAGCCGUUGGAACCUCAGUUGACUUCUUCAGAUGCACAUACACAUAGUGAUACCGAUAAGAGUACCCCGCAUAUCGGUCUUGAAAAACCAGUGGUUAGUGAGAAAGUAGAAGAUAGUGCGAACUCAGUGCCGGAAACCAAUAUAGUUGGUUCCACCUCUCAACCGAAAAAAGCCGGGAGCAUAAAGAUAAUAACGUCAAAGGGUUUUAGCUCAAGUUUGAGUCCUUGUAGUAAUACCGGAGUGCCUCAGGUAGAGAAAACACAUCAGAAAGAACCCGAGUCGGUUCCUCGGGAUUCGGUCUAUAACAAGCAAGAACUUAAUGCUUCCCUUGAGGUGAUUAAGAAGAUUAUGAAAAUGGAUGCCGCAGAGCCUUUUAAUGUUCCAGUGAACCCUGUUGCUCUCGGAAUACCUGACUAUUUUGAUGUGAUCAAAACACCUAUGGAUUUCGGGACCAUUUGUAGCAACCUUGAAAGCGGUAUUAAGUAUAUGAAUUCAGAGGAUGUGUACAAGGAUGUACGGUUUAUAUGGGAGAAUUGCUACAAGUACAAUAAUAAAGGCGAUUACAUUCUUGAACUCAUGAAACGAGUGAAAAAGAAUUUUUCUAAGUACUGGUCUGCUGCAGGCCUGUAUAGCGAACAAGGUGACAUGAAGGAUGGCAAUGUAUCUAGUCAUGGGAAGUCAUCUAACAAGGGUGGGAAUUUAAAAAACAAGUCUAAGAAACGUCAAGGAGUGAAGCGGCACAAGGAUGAUUGUCUAUGUGCUAUAUGUAUCAUGAUGAGGCGCAGGCAAGAGCGUGAACAGCUUAUGAAUCCUGCUGAUGAUCCGGAAACGAGUGACGGGUUGGUCAAAGAAGUCAAACAUGAGGGAACUUCAACAGCUGGAAGUCCUACUGGUGAUGAUACAUCAUCGAGUACAGACAAUUCACAAAAUCAAGACGUAGAUGUCGAAAUGGAAGAUAAAGAAGAGAAGUUGAAGCUGGAAAAGGAGACACAAAGCACUUUGGAAAGUAAACAUCAAGAAAACGGGAAAGAGAAGAUACUGUUGGAGGGAAAUAAAGAAAACGUGAUAGCUGAACGGUCUCAGCAAGAUGUUAUAUCUGGGAACGAAGAUAUACAGAUGACGGAAGCAGGUGAUGCCAACAAGGAUGAUUCAAAUAACGCAGAAAAAAUGAAACAGCAAGAGGAUGAAAAUGCAGCAUACGAGCGUCCGAAACAAAAGGAAGUAUUAGAUGCCGGUGAGAAAGCCAAAUUGAUUGAAAAGCUGCACCAACGUUAUGAUAACGCGAUGGUUUUGGAAUUAUACGCGUCUUUGUUCCCUGCAAAUGAUAAAUCUGUAUGGAGCAGACCUCAUUCAUUGGUUCAUCGUCAUCGUGGUUCUUCUCGCGGUAGCGCCAUUGGUGCUGCCAUUGCAUCAUUCAUGAAGAAAUAGAGUUUGUUAAGCAUACGGCAACCAACUAUGGGUUAUGGUAUUAUUGUAUGUAAAAAUUGGUUUGCAUCAGCAACUUUGUGUUGAUCUUUCAUGUUUGAUAUGAAAGUUGAGAAUCUUGUCUGCUUUUUAAUAUGUUUGUAAUUUUGUAGUAAAGGGGGAUUAUGAUUUAAGGUGUAAUAAAAAA